AUUCCUUUAGAUUGUGAAUUGUUUCCUUUAGAUUUCAGGGUCGGAAAGUUAUUCAGCAGUAUAAUAAUCAGGUUGGAAUUCCAAUUAGUAAUUUAUAAUGACCGCAUCUAAAGUCCCAACUCCUAGAGUGAUUUUUGUUCGUCAUGGACAAACUGAAUGGUCAAAGACUGGUCAACAUACUUCGGUAACUGAUUUGGAAUUGACUCCAUUUGGGGUUAAACAAAUGAGAAAUACAGGAAAAAACUUAAUUGGAGAUUCUAAUUUUCAAAUGAUUAAGCCAAGUAAUAUUACUCAUAUUAUUGUAAGUCCAAGAACCAGAGCUAGACAAACUGUAGAAUUAUUGCUUGAAGAAGUUAGUGAAAAAGAAAAAUCUAGAAUUCCAAUUAUGGUUGAUCAAGAUAUAAGAGAAUGGGAAUAUGGUGACUAUGAAGGUUUGAAAACUCAACAGAUCCGUGAUUUAAGAAAACAAAGAGGUGUUGAUGGCCCAGAUCAUGAUUGGGAUAUUUGGGGUGAUGGUUGUGAAAAUGGUGAAGACUACAAACAAGUUACUGAAAGAAUUGAUAGAGUCAUUGAAAAAAUUAAAGUUAUUCAUCGUCAAGCUAUUCGUGAAAAUACUAAAAGUGAUAUUAUAGUAGUAGCUCAUGGUCAUAUUUUAAGAUGUUUUGCAGCAAGAUGGGUUGAAAGAGAAAUUAAUAUUAAUCCAUCAUUUAUGUUGGAUGCUGGUGGGGUUGGUGUAUUAAGUUAUCAACACCACAACUGUAAUGAACCAGCUCUUUUCUUAGCUGGAGCAUUUGUCGUUCCUGUUGAAGAAGAAGGUGCUGAUUUAUAGGGAAAUUACAUUAUGAACUUUUCAUUAU